GAAUGCGGUGUGUGGAAAAAAAAAAAAAACAGGAGUCGCUAGUCGGAACAUGUCAAUAGUCAAAACAAACUAGAAACUACGAGUAGCUUUUUAUUAUUAUUAUUAUUAUUAAAAAUCAAACUUUAGACAGUCUUUUUUGUACCGAAUCGACGUCUUUAAGCCAGAUGUUACCGAAAUGACAGCAAAACUGUGGAUAAUCCUGGCCGUCACUCUGCUCUGUUAUCGGAGCGAGUGCCAUGAGGCCGUCCUGCACGUCUCUGAAGGGGACCUUUAUAAGGAGUACUGUCUCGUUUAUAACGCAUCGUGGUCCAACAUCUCCAGCUCUCUUAGUGAUGCUAAGCAAUACAUGCUGGUGAACCUGACCUCGACCACGCUGUGUAACGCGAGCGGAGUAUCGCUGGACUUGGUGAAGGGCGCGGCGGUGUGUGUGAUGAGGGGAGACUGUAGUUUCAGUCAGAAAGCUCAGGUGGCUCAGCAGCUCGGCGUCACAGUGCUCCUCAUCGCCAGCAAAGAAGCCAUGGGAACUCCGUCAGCCAAUGACAGCGAGUAUGACAAAGUGACCAUUCCUCUGGCGCUUAUGAGGUACCGCGACUUCCUGGAUGCGCAGAAGGUGUUUACAAACGGGAUGAAGGUGCAGCUCUAUGCUCCGCCCACCCCCGAAUUCGACGCCAGCGUCAUCAUCAUGCUUGCGAUCGCCGUCUUCACCGUGGCUAUGGGCGGCUUCUGGAGCGGGGCCGCGGAGAAGGCGAAGCAGAGUGUGACGGCGCUCCAUGCAGGAGAGGAGCGAACAGACAGUGGGGAUCUGACUCUCUACUCCCCGUUGAAGGUGCUGCUGUUCGUCGUGCUCAUGUGUGUGAUGCUCGUCCUCAUGUACUUCUUCUACAAGUACCUCGUGUACGUGAUCAUCGUGAUCUUCUGCCUGGCGUCGGCUACAGGACUCUACAGCUGCCUCGAGGCGCUACUGAAUGCAGUGGGGUGCAGUAAGCUCAGUGUGUCCUGUGGGGAGAAAAGCUUCUCUGUGAGGAAUCUGCUGCUUGCCGCUGUGUGCAUCACUCUGGCCGUGGUUUGGGGUGUGUACAGAAACGAGGACAGGUGGAUCUGGAUCCUGCAGGACAUACUCGGGAUUGCUUUCUGUCUAAACUUCAUGAAGACCAUCACACUGUCUAAUUACAAGAUCUGUGUUAUCUUGCUCAGCCUGCUGCUCCUUUAUGACGUCUUCUUCGUCUUCAUCACGCCGUUCCUCACACCCAACGGAGAAAGCAUCAUGGUGCAAGUCGCUCUCGGCCCGGGUGCUGGAGGAGAAAAGGGCGGUGGUGAUGUGGUGGUUCCAGCAGAUCCCACACCCUCGUAUGAAAAAUUGCCCGUGGUGAUGCGUAUUCCGCGGUUCUCUGCAUGGGCUGAGAACCUGUGUGAGAUGCAGUUCUCCAUCCUCGGUUAUGGUGACAUCAUCAUUCCAGGUCUGCUGGUGGCGUACUGUCACCGGUUUGACGUUUGGAUUGGCAGCUCGAACAGAAUCUACUACGUCUCCUGCACUGUUGCGUACACUCUGGGUCUGGUACUGACCUUCGUGAUCAUGUUGCUCACUAAGAUGGGUCAGCCAGCUCUGCUGUACUUGGUCCCGUUCACUCUGCUCACCAGCGGCCUGCUCGCCUGGAAGCGCAAAGAGUUCAAACAGUUCUGGGCCGGAACCACCUACCAGGUGUUGGACUCAUCCAGGGAACCUUUAAUACCAGAUGGAGAUGCUGAAUAUCCCAGCACAGUGAGGAAGUGCUGAUCGGCUGGAUUUAAACGUGUGUGUGCGCGAGUGUGUGCGCGAGUGUGAGUGUGUGUGUGAGUGUGUGCGCGAGUGUGAGUGUGUGUGUGAGUGUGUGUGUGAGUGUGUGUGUGAGUGUGUGUGUGAGUGUGUGUGUGUGAGUGUGUGUGUGAGUGUGUGUGUGAGUGUGUGUGUGAGUGUGUGUGUGAGUGUGUGUGUGAGUGUGUGUUGAGCACUUUAAGCCCUGUGAUCGGCUGUAUCAGGACCAAUUCAGUCUUACGCUCUCUCUUUAAUAAACAACAUUAAUAUCUAUUAAAAAAAAGGCCUUAUUCAGUGCCUCAGGCUCCGCCCACAACGCACACUGACACGUGAUCAAAGUGUUUUACAGACAGCGUAAAGACACGGUGACCAUGGAAACGAGUCAGAAACAUCCUGAACAUCAACCUUUCCUUCAAGAUGUGUGGGUAAAUUAAACAGAACACGUGGUGAACGUACACACGGCUGUGUUUUAGCGCAGCGUUCUGUACGCGUGACAUCAUGAGCAGGUCAAUAACCUGACUUCCUGCUCUACCUGUCCCACAGGUUAGCGCUCAGCACUGUGAGACGCUAGCACAGAUGUGACGUCCACGUCUAACCACAGUCACGUGUUGAAGCGGGGCGUAAAACGGGGCCUGUGUGUGUUUGUUUUUAAAUAAUGAUAUCAGUGUUUCUGUAUUUAAUCAGAUCUUCAUUAAUCGGUUCUUUUCAUGCCUUAAAUUAAAGACGAACAAACGUUUGAUGCCAGUAAUAAGUUUGCGGUGAUGUUCGAUUCACACUGUAAUGAGGCUCUUCAUGGAUAAAUAUCAUAAAAGCACAGAAUUGUCAGAAAUCUUAUACUUUCUGAGCUGUUUUAUUUUCUGAUUUCUUAUUUUCUAACUCGACUGCUCAAGAGUGUGAGCCUGUUAACGAGUGGUUUAUGUGAUUAAACACCUUAACGAAGCACAAAUUCAAAUCAGGUAACAGGAGGGAUGUAAACUUUUGAACAUGUUAUAAAAAUAAAACUGCUGACUGACACUGAA